CUGGUUUUGCUGCAUUAGUUAGGUACUUUUUUAUAUUUUAUCAACCCAAAAGAUGAGGUACAGUACAAGCCAGAUGAUAACAUCAAACUAUUGAAACCAUCAGACUCCGAAAAAGCUGUAUACUUUUGUUUCAAACUUUUCAGUGAUGUCAAAUGAAUAUUCAUUCAGUUUAACAACUUUUAGUCCUUCUGGAAGACUUUUACAGAUUGAGCAUGCAAUCAAUGCUGUGAAUAAUCAUGGACAAUUGGCUCUAGGUAUCAAAGCGAAAAAUGGUGUUGUUGUCGUGACACAACGGUCAACAACAAAUAAUGUCCUAAUUGAUAAAUCAACUUUAAGUAAAGCUGAACCUGUCACAACGCAUAUAGGAUGUGUUUUUUCUGGAAUGCCCACAGAUUUUCGAGUUAUUCUAGGUCGUGCGAGAAAAGAAGCACAAGUAUAUUAUCAAAUUUAUAAAGAACCUAUUCCAGUCCUUCAAUUAGUUCGACGUGUUGCUGAAGUUGUACAGGAAUAUACUCAAUCAGGAGGUGUUCGUCCUUUCGGUGUUUCUUUGUUGAUAUCUGGGUAUGAUAAAGGGGGGCCUCAGCUUUAUCAAAUUGAUCCUAGUGGGACUUAUUUCGCAUGGAAAGCAACGGCUUUGGGAAAACAUAGUUUGAAUGCUAAAACGUUUUUAGAAAAACGGUAUUCUGAGGAAAUGGAAUUAGAGGAUGCUUUGCAUACUGCCCUUUUAACUCUCAAAGAAAGUUUUGAAGGAUCAAUGAACGAAAAUGACGUUGCUAUUGGAGUUGUUCGUGAAAACGAACCUUUUCGAAGCUUAUCAUCUUCUGAAGUUAAAGAUUAUAUUUUAGAAGUUCAGUGACGUGUAUACAAUGUAUAAACAAAAUUAUUAAACUAAAUUGAAUUGUAUGUUACAUACUUUAACGUGAUGAAAUAACAAUUCAUUAACAUUUUUUUAAAUCAUAACUCUUAGUAAUAGCUAUCUCU